GGCAAACCAUCACCAGAAUCUACUGUAUCUCCAUAAUCUAUCACAGCACAUCUACCAAGUCACAGCAAUCAGGUUCCCUCUUUCGUUCCUUCAUUCCUAUCUCCUGACCAACCCCGCUGACACCCUCGUUUGCCCUCUGCAGGCGACUUGGAAGCCAUGGACAAGAAGGAGAUUGAACUCAAGGGCAAGGCGAUCAACAAGGCCGUUGCGGGACAAGAUGCACCAUCCACCGUCAUCGACAUCCUCAGUCAGCUUCGGAAAGGCGUGGAAGCCACCGAAGACAUCUUGCGAUCCACCAAGAUCGGCGUGACCAUCAACCGGUUACGGCAGAACAAGGACCCCAACGUUGCGACGCAAGCCUCUGAGCUGGUAUCGAAAUGGAAGUCGGAUAUCAAAAAGGCUGGCUCAGGCCCCUCCACCCCCAAAAUCUCCAACGGGACCGCUUCCCCCGCACCACCCCCAUCAUCCUCGCAGCCGAAACUGAAACAGAAGCAUGAUAUUGCGCCAGACAAGCGGAACUCGAAGUCCGAUAACGUCAGUACCCAGGUUACCGGCAACUCGACGCGCGACAAUUGCGUCAAACUAAUGUACGAUGGGCUGGCGCAUAUGUCUGAAAAGUUGCCAUCGGAAGUUCUGCGCAUCGCCAGGGAGGUCGAAGAGGCCGCGUACAAGGAGUUCGGACCCGAGACAUCGGAUGCCUAUAAGACCAAGAUGCGGUCCCUCUACCAGAACCUAAAGAACAAAUCCAACCCCGGCCUCCGCGUGCGCGUCCUUUCAGGGAACGUGACGCCCGCGCGAUUUGUGGUCAUGACCUACGACGAACUCAAGUCCGACGAGCGACGAGCCGAGGAUGCGGCCUUGCAGAAGGAGAACCUGAACAAGGCCAUGGUGGCGCAGGAGGAGAAGAGCAUCAGCACAAGUUUAACGUGCGGCAAAUGCAGUCAGAAGAAGGUCAGCUACAGUCAAGCGCAGACGAGGAGUGCCGACGAACCGAUGACGACGUUUUGCGAGUGCAUGAACUGCGGUCACCGGUGGAAGUUCUCGUGAUCGGUCGAGCGCGCAUUUAAUGAAAUGCGCAUCAGCCUCGUUAUUGCCACCGGAUUUGGCGUGGGUAUGUGUUAAGGCGCUCGCAUGGACACUCGGAUAGGAAAUACUGGAACUUAGUAGGGCGAUUCCCAUCAGGCGCGGUCGGGUUUCAAGGAGGAUCUUUCUAUCCAGCCGGGAAGGGCUCGGCCUCAGAUUUAACAUAUUCUGAAUUGUACGAUACUGAUUCGCCAUGAAAACUCAUGGUAUAUGAUAGCACUAUUAUGCAAGAAGUAAUUAACAGUAGUAGCUUAAACGAGAUG